AUGGCAACAAUCGACAAUUUAUUUGGCUAUGAUGCCAACAAAAUACUCCCGGCCAUCACAGCCGCGCUGAUUGGCAUAUCUCUGCUGGGCCAUACCUAUCAGAACCAACACUACAAAUUUUGGAGGGUUACCUUCUUUAUGUUCUACGCUGGCCUCUUCUACACCAUCGGAUGGGUAGUGCGGUGCAUUUCGAUCCAGUACCCCGGAAAUCUGGCCCUCUUCAUGAUCCAGAGCAUCUUCAUCUACCUCGGUCCUCCCAUCUACUCUGCGGCCGAGUACAACACUCUCGGUCGAUUGAUGCAUUACUUGCCAAUGCAUGCCUUCAUCAACCCGAACCGAAUCGUCUACAUCUUUGUCUUUUUAGGCUCUAUUGUGGAGAUGCUCACGGCCAUUGGUGGCUCUUGGAUGGCAGCUGCGCAAGGCAAGGAUGAUGUAGCGCUCAUGAAAGAUGGAGCUACAUUAAUGGCCGUCGCUGUGGUUCUUCAGGGUGUGGUGGAACUCGGUUUCAUAACCAUGACCGGCAUUCUACAUCACCGUUGCGUGCGUUCCAAGAUGCUGCCUCGGAACGUACGUACCAUGUUCAUCAUGCUUUACGGCACAUCGAUUCUCAUCACCAUACGCUGCGUCUUCCGAGCCGUCGAGACCUUCCAGCUCCGAUCCUUGGUGAGCGGAGGCGGCGACAAGAGUGGUCUGCUUCUCAAACAUGAGUGGCCACUCUACGUGUUCGAGACGUUACCAGUUUUACUCUACACCUACUGGCUCAACAUUAUUCACCCGGGAAGAUUUAUCCCCAACGACCCCAAGCAGUAUUUGGACUUUGAUGGCAAGACCGAGCGUAUGGGUCCUGGCUGGAUUCACAACCGGCCUUGGUUCAUGUUUGUUUUGGACCCAUUUGACUUUGUUGGCAUGUUGACAAUGGUCAAACGAGACAAGUUCUACCUUGAACCAGAGCGAUGGCCUGAGGUGGAGGUGUGCUUUGCUCAGGGACGAGGCUCAAACAGUGGCGCAGCUAAGAGUCAACGAGCUGACGAUAACACGGAUGGCGCGGGUGCGAAAUAUGUGCCAGAGGUUCCCCUUCUUGACCGCCGGGCGUAA